UAUCUUCGUCACAUCUUCAAUGUCGAACGUUGAAGAGGAGUCGGCCGAGAAACGGCUGAAGAUUGUGCUCGUGGGUGACUCCGGUGCAGGCAAAACCAGCAUCGUUCAGAAGUUUUGCAACAACGAUUUCACCAGGCAGUACAUACCCACCGCAGGCAUCGAUUUCUUUCUUAAGAAUAUCAGCAUCGGCAGCUACAAAAAUGUCAAUCUACAUUUAUGGGACGUUGGCGGACUCGCUCUGCAUGGCAACAUGUUGGAUAAAUAUGUUUUCGGAGCACACAUCAUUCUUUUGGUGUACGACGUAACGAACAGUUCAAGUUUCGACAUUUUGGAAGAGUGGCUCAGCAAAAUCAAGAGUUUCAUUGAAGCUUACGACGAAGUACCUCUAUUAGCGGUAGUAGGUAAUAAAUGUGACAUGGAACAUCAAAGAACAGUUAAGAGAGACAGGUCGCAUCGAUUCGCUGCGGAAAACGGAUUUCCUUAUCAUGAUAUGUCUGCGAGAACUGGAGAAUCGGUAUCUUUAUGCAUAGCAGGUUUGGCAGCUCAAGUUUUAGGUGUUCGAUUAACAAGAACGGAUCAAGAUUUUCAUAAGCCCAUCAUUAUCGCUGAAAUUGGUGACACAGUAGAUAUAAAUUCAAUACACAAAGUCGUAAAAAGAUUUCCUACUAAAAAGCAAUUCCCAAUUGCGUUCCAUCCCCAUUUUCCCGCCUCAAAAUCUACGGUGUGUGCAUUGCAAUGAUAAUCAUCAGACAUUUUUCAAUAAUGUUAUAUUUUCUUUAUUUGAGUAUGUGUUCAUAACAACAAACAAAAUACAUAAUGUCAAGAAUGUAUUUUUUACGAUUGUGUGAAUGUACCAAAUUUGUAUAUUACAUUUAAAUAAUACAUUGUAUAACAGAAAAUAUAAAAAUUAUGUUUAUGUAACACGAGCGUAGCUUGAUGGACAGCGCGCGAGUCUACCAUGCUAGGGGACUCGUGUUCGAUCCUCGGCAAAUCCAAAAAAUUUUCAUGCGUUCACAAUUCCUCUUUAGCGGUCUUGCAAACCAAGAGUAUCUAUUACCAAGAAAACCUCUCAAGCUGCCGUUUGGAACCGACGUUAAAUUAUAGGUUCCGUAAGCCUAUGUAUGCGGGCAUAGGUACGAGAGGUAGGUCCCAUCCCGACCUUUUUGGGAUGUUGCGCCAUCGAAUGAGUGAAUGAAUAUUUAUAUAGUGUGGGGCCAACAGAUAAACAUCAUAGAAUUUGUCUACUAUAGAUUGAAAAACAGAUUUUAUUAAUCACAUCUCAUUGUAAUAAUAGUUACACGCGCAAUAUA